UUAGGUCUCAACCUCAACAAGUCUUUUCUGCGGGAGAAGCCUUUCACGAUCUGUUUUCCGUCUCUAUGAGGUUCUGACCUUGUAUGAUGGUGAGACAAAUUCCUCUGAUUAUCCAGGCCAGUAGUUGUAAUUGGACUCACAGUGUCUGCUGUUAUCUGAUUAUACCACUGAACAACAUUUCUGUACAACAUACGCAGACAGAGGUCGGUGCAUAAAAGGCAGCAAGUCACUGAGCAAAAUGGAUAAUCACCAAAAGAGGAAUCUAACUUUUCUUACCAUCGGAGUGAUAUUUAUGCUGAGCGGCAUUGAGUAUGCUGUCAUUCUGCCUACAAUAUGGAGGUAUCUCCAGAUUUUGGAAGCCCCUCCAUACUUCCUGGGUCUGGGUCUGUCUGCCUUCAGCCUGAGUGGUUUGCUCACAGGCCCGCUUUUUGGGUUCUGGUCAGACCGGAGCAAGACCACAAAGUCCAUCAUCCUUUUCUCCAAUCUAUUUGAGAUUGCCGGUAACUUCAUGUAUUUUGUUGGAUAUUCAAAGUGGCUGUUGUUGGGCAGUCGGCUUGUAGCAGGUGUUGGUGCAGGAGCAGGCUCCUCCAUCUUUGGUUUCCUGACUCGGAGCACUCGGCCGGAGGAGCGUGCUGGUGUCUUUGCAGCCAUCAUGGCCUGCCGACAAGCUGGCCUCCUUGUCGGGCCAGCGUUCAACCUGUUCCUGAGGCUGUGUGAUUUCAAACUGGGCCCCUUUGUUGUGAACAAAUAUACAUCUCCUGGGAUCUUCAUGUGCCUGUUGUGGGUGCUGCUCCAGUUCGUCGUCCUGGCUAUGUAUUGGGAUGUACCACCCAUCAGCUCAGAGGGGGGAGCAGUGAUGGUGGAAAUGAAAGAAGAGGAGGGUGGUGAGGAGGAGGUGCCACUAAUAGGGUCCGAUGAGGAACCGGUGCACACGUACAGUGCUGCAGUCAGUGUUGACACUGACCAACUGAAGACCCCUGUCAUGUCUCAGAUGCAGCCUGUCCAUGGUGCCUCAGCGCUCUCGAACCCCUUCAAAAACUUCAGCGCCAGCAGAGAGUUCCUGAGAGAGGAGGUGGUUGUUCUCCUCACGGCUCAGUUCAUCACUCUCUUCAAUCAGACAGCACUGGAGACCAUGGUGACUCCUAUGACACAGCGCUACUUUAGCUUUGGUGAGCUAGCCAACAGCCUGAUGUACAGCCUGUGCGGGGUGGAGGUCAUCCUGGGCUUCUUUUUUGUACGCUGGCUGAGCAGGAAGGUGGCGGAUCGCGUCGUCCUGGCCAUUGGCCUGGUCAUCUGCUGCACCGCCUGCAUCUGGUGCCUCAUCUUCCUUUGCAACCCUGGAGGUGGUUAUGGAUGGGAGCUGUCGGCCUUCAUCAUUGGAGUGUUUCUGCAGCUGCUGGGGCUUCCCUUCGUGGCUGUGUCUCAGGUGUCUCUCUUCUCCAAAGUUACUGCAGAGAAAACACAAGGAUUCAGCCAAGGCGUUAGACGCUCAGUUGGGGGCCUGGCCACCAUCUUGGGUCCUUUGUGGGCAGGAGGAUUGACCAAUAAUUUGUACAUAAUGCUGGGCAUGAUGCUAGCUCUCCUCAUAAUGAUCACAGUUAUGACAGCGCUGUCCUACGACCGCCUGACUGAGCCCAGGGCAGUGCAGUGUGCUCAGAGCUGUGACAGCGGAGGGUAGAGCUGCAGUAUGUCUGAAGAGCAAGCUAAAGAUGAACAGAGGGAGUGCCCUGCGCUUCUGAGAGGAUCAAUACAAGUUUACUGCAGAGGAAACUAUGAGUGUGGAAUAAAAAUCUUCAAAUACAUGCUGUAACUCAGGACCUGUCAUAGAGGUUCACCUACUGUAUGUCUUUAAGCUUUGCACAAUCUCUCUGUCAUCACAUUUUAGUAGAAUUUACCUUGCAUGCAUAUGACUAUGGAACUAUUAAUUAUGUUUUACACAAGGGGGCACCAUUGCUCUCAUAUUGAAUACUCAGAAAUGUAAUUGAAGAUGAAAGAAAUUAUUUUUAAACUGAACUAUUUAUAUAUUCUCAGGUGUUGUUAAAAAGAUAAGAGAGCAGGUUUUUCCAUGUGACCCAUGUACCAAAUUUUCAUUUCAUGUCCCAACUCUUUCUUCCUCUGAAGAGGAACAAGAAGAAAAAAGCCCUGGCUGAAAAUGAAACAGUUGACACAAUGGGUGCAGAAGUAGAGUUGUCAACAUCUUUGCAGCUUCAUGUCAGCGUAGCUGAGAGAAGACGAGGGUCAGAGAGAGGGAAGCGUUACAGAUUUCUUGAUAUUUAUUUGUAGUGCUGGAGAAAAAUCAUGUUUUUGGUGUUAAAAUUAAAUUCAAAGCCUUGGAUAUGACUAAACCAAAUAGAUGCUAUCUGAAAUGAUUCCUCUGUAUCUUACGUGCAAAUGAGAAGCUCCUGAAU